AGUGGGGAGCUCGGAGGUGGCGGCGUCGGCAACGGUGGUGAUGGUGGUGGCGGUGCUGGAGCGCUGCUAGCGGGUCAUGAUUCAUGACUUGAGCCGGAUCUGGCUGGAGACCCCCAUCCCAUCCGCUGGUCCCCAUGUGGGGUCCUUUUCCGGACGGCGGGUUUGCUGGGCCAGGGGCGCCGAACCAGCAGGACGCCUCUCGCCCCCUCAACUGGACCAUCAAGAAACUGUGCCACGCAGCCUUCCUGCCCUCUGUGCGACUGCUUAAGGCACAGAAGUCCUGGAUCGAGAGAGCGUUCAGCAAGAGAGAAUGUGUUCAUAUCAUAGUGAGCUCCAAAGACCCCCAUAGGUGCUGUUGCGGUCGUUUGAUUGGACAGCAUGUGGGCCUACCCCCCAGCAUCUCCUCCAAUCAAAAUGACAAGUCCGAGCGGUUGCCAAAGAAUGACAGCCUUUCUGAGAAAUGGUCGAUCAGCAAGCACACGCAGCUCAGUCCUACCGAUGCCUUUGGUACCAUCGAGUUCCAAGGCGGAGGGCAUUCCAACAAGGCCAUGUAUGUACGGGUCUCCUAUGACACCAAACCCGACCUGCUGUUGCACCUGAUGACCAAGGAAUGGCAACUGGAGCUCCCUAAGCUGCUCAUCUCGGUCCACGGGGGGCUACAGAACUUCGAGCUGCAGCCCAAACUCAAGCAGGUGUUCGGCAAGGGCCUCAUCAAGGCUGCCAUGACAACCGGCGCCUGGAUCUUCACAGGAGGAGCCAACACAGGGGUCAUCCGUCAUGUCGGAGAUGCGCUCAAGGACCACGCCACCAAAUCUCGCGGAAAGAUCUGCACCAUCGGUAUCGCACCCUGGGGCAUCGUGGAGAAUCAGGAAGACCUCGUGGGCAAGGAUGUGGUCAGGCCCUAUCAGACCAUGUCCAAUCCACUGAGCAAGCUGACCGUCUUGAACAGCCUGCACUCCCACUUCAUUCUGGCUGACAACGGCACCACAGGGAAGUACGGGGCAGAGGUGAAGCUGCGGAGGCAGCUGGAGAAGCACAUCUCCCUGCAGAAGAUCAACACCCGGAUUGGACAGGGAGUGCCUGUGGUGGCGCUGAUUGUGGAGGGGGGCCCGAAUGUCAUCUCCAUUGUGCUUGAGUACCUGCGAGACACGCCACCAGUGCCUGUGGUGGUGUGUGACGGCAGUGGGCGGGCAUCUGACAUCCUGGCGUUCGGGCACAAGUACUCGGAGGAAGGAGGCAGUAUCAUCAAUGAAUCCUUGCGUGAUCAGCUUCUGGUCACUAUCCAGAAGACGUUCACCUACAGUCGCACUCAAGCCCAGCACCUCUUCAUCAUCCUCAUGGAGUGCAUGAAGAAGAAGGAGCUGAUAACUGUGUUCCGGAUGGGGUCCGAAGGACACCAGGACAUCGACUUAGCCAUCCUCACUGCUCUGCUCAAAGGUGCAAAUGCAUCCGCACCCGACCAGCUGAGCUUGGCCUUGGCAUGGAACAGAGUUGACAUCGCUCGGAGUCAGAUCUUCAUAUAUGGACAACAAUGGCCGGUGGGCUCCCUGGAGCAGUCCAUGUUGGAUGCCCUGGUGCUGGACCGGGUGGACUUUGUGAAGCUGCUGAUUGAGAACGGAGUGAGCAUGCAUCGCUUCCUCACCCUCAGCAGGCUGGAGGAACUCUACAACACGAGGCACGGACCUUCAAAUACACUCUACCAUCUUGUGCGGGAUGUCAAAAAGCAAGAAUAUCGAGGUUUCAGUUGGAUCUACUUCAAGGGUAACCUCCCACCAGACUACCGCAUCAGUCUGAUUGACAUCGGAUUGGUCAUCGAGUACCUCAUGGGCGGAGCCUAUCGUUGCAACUACACCAGGAAGAGGUUCAGAACCCUCUACCACAACCUUUUUGGCCCCAAGAGACCCAAGGCGCUUAAAUUACUUGGCAUGGAGGACGACAUGCCAAUCAGGAGAGGCCGACAGAAGACGACGCGCAAGCGUGAGGAGGAAGUGGACAUUGACUUGGACGACCCUGAGAUCAAUCACUUCCACUUUCCCUACCACGAGCUGAUGGUGUGGGCGGUGCUGAUGAAACGCCAGAAGAUGGCGCUGUUCUUCUGGCAGCACGGAGAGGAGGCCAUGGCCAAAGCGCUGGUGGCCUGCAAGCUUUGCAAAGCCAUGGCUCACGAGGCCUCAGAGAACGACAUGGUGGAUGACAUAUCACAGGAGCUCAACCACAACUCCAGAGAGUUUGCUCAACUGGCUGUGGAACUGCUGGACCAGUCGUACAAGCAGGACGAGCAGAUGGCCAUGAAGCUGCUGACCUAUGAGCUGAAGAACUGGAGCAACGCCACAUGCCUGCAACUUGCCGUCGCUGCUAAGCACCGCGACUUCAUCGCGCACACGUGCAGCCAGAUGCUGCUGACCGACAUGUGGAUGGGGCGUCUGCGCAUGCGUAAGAACUCCGGGCUGAAGGUCAUCCUAGGCCUGCUCCUCCCACCUUCCAUCCUGAGUCUGGAGUUCAAGAACAAGGACGAGAUGUCGUACAUGCCCCAGGACCAGGAUACCUACCUGCAGGAGAAGGAUGCAGAGGAGCCCGAGAAGCCAGCCAAGGAGAAGGAAGAGGAGGACAUGGAGUUCACAGUAAGAGCCUACUGUGAGGCGCAGUACAACUCCGUGGCCAUGCUGGGGAAAGUGAGCUCCGAGGCGUCCAGGAAGAAGGACGUGGAGGAGGUGCAGAGUCGCUAUCGCCUCAUACCUCUGGGUCGCAAGAUCUACGAGUUCUACAAUGCCCCCAUUGUUAAAUUCUGGUUCCACACGCUGGCCUACGUCGGAUACCUGAUGCUGUUCAACUACAUCGUGCUGGUCAAGAUGGACCUGUCGCCAUCUCCACAGGAGUGGAUAGUCAUCGCCUACAUCUUCACCAACGGCAUCGAGAAGAUGAGAGAGAUUUUGAUGUCGGAGCCGGGAAAACUGCUGCAGAAGGUGAAGGUGUGGCUGCAGGAGUACUGGAACAUCACAGACCUCAUGGCUAUCCUUAUCUUCUCCAUCGGCAUGGUGCUCCGGCUACAGGACCCGCCCCUCAUGAGCUACGGCCGCGUCAUCUACUGCGUCAACAUCAUCUACUGGUACAUACGCCUGCUUGACAUCUUCGGCGUCAACAAAUACCUGGGGCCGUACGUCAUGAUGAUCGGCAAGAUGAUGAUUGACAUGAUGUACUUUGUGAUCAUCAUGCUGGUGGUGCUGAUGAGCUUUGGAGUGGCCAGACAGGCCAUUCUGAACCCAAACGAGGAUCCGUCAUGGAUGCUGGCCCGCAACAUCUUCUUCAUGCCCUACUGGAUGAUCUACGGGGAGGUGUUUGCUGACCAGAUCGACCAUUCAUUGCAUAGUAGGAAGCUACAGCACAGGCUGAAAGACAAACUCUGGCUGGUCGAAAAUUACUUUCGAACUCAUGGAACCUGGCGUCACAAUGCUCCAUGUGGACAGAAUGUCACCACAGACGAUGGGAUCAUUGUGCACCCACCCUGUAAGACUGGGGCCUGGAUCGUGCCAGCCAUCAUGGCCUGCUACCUGCUCGUGGCCAACAUCUUGCUGGUCAACCUGCUCAUAGCUGUGUUCAACAAUACGUUCUUCGAAGUGAAGUCCAUCUCCAAUCAGGUGUGGAAGUUCCAACGCUACCAGCUCAUCAUGACCUUCCAUGAGCGGCCUGUGCUCCCGCCCCCCCUCAUCAUCUUCAGCCACUUCACCAUGGUCCUCAAGCACCUGUGCUGCCGCUGGCGCAAACGCGAUGAUGACGAGCGGGACUAUGGCCUCAAGCUCUUUAUCACAGAGGACGAACUGAAAAAUUUGCAUGACUUUGAGGAGCAGUGCAUUGAGGAGUACUUCCGGGAGAAAGACGACCGCUUCAACUCCUCCAACGACGAGAGGAUCCGGGUAACGUCAGAAAGGGUGGAGAAUAUGGCCAUGCGUCUGGAGGAGGUGAACGAGCGGGAGCACUUCAUGAAGGCGUCCCUGCAGACCGUGGACAUCCGCCUGGCCCAGAUGGAGGAGAUGAUCGGCCGCAUCGCCCUGACCCUGGAGCGGGUGACGGGCCUGGACCGGGCCGAGGCCAACAAGGUGCGCUCGCGGACGUCUUCCGACUGCACCGACGCCAACUACAUCCUGCGCCAGAGCAGCUUCAACAGCCAGGAGGGCACCUCGUACCGCCUUCCCGAGUCACUGGAGCAUGGCGGCGAGGAGUCCAUCUCGCCAACCUCCCCCACGAGCCUGGCCCCGCGCGCCCGCAGCCACUCGUUCUACGUGGGCGGCGCCAGGGUUGGUGGCGCGGCCGAGAGGGUGGAGAGCUUCUUCAAGGAGCGCUCGCUGAGCCUCCACCGGGCCAACAGCUCCCAGUCGAUGGCCUCGGGCACCAACUCCAACUCCAAGCCCAUUCCCAUCAACACGCUGUCCGUGACGCAGCACCACCGUCCAUCGUCCUGCAUCGACAUAUACGUGUCGGCGUCAGAGGAGGCUGCCCCUUCCGAGAGCUUCCUGGAGCCCAUCAGGAUGGUGCCCCCCCUGGCCCGGGAGUCAUCGCUCCACUCCGAGAUCAUGGAGGCGGUCCUCUCUGGGGGACGGGACUACAGCGGGAGGUCUGGGGUUGGCGACCGACAGUCGGACGCCACCGCCAUGUACGAGGACAGCGCAGCGGCAGACCUCUCCCUGUGCUCGGGCCAGCUGCUCCCCGACAGCCUGCCGCCCUGGGACCUGGACCCGUCGCCACCGCCCUCAGCGGGUCUACUAGAGCGCUCCAAGAGUAGCCGCUACCUGUCGGCCACUGGCGGGCUGUUCCCGGACGACCCCCCGCUGGUCAAGUCCCACAGCAUGAUGUUCUCAUCGCGCCCGUACUACGGCGGCCUGAACAUGCCAGUCAAAGCGGCCGAGUACACCAGCAUCACGGACUGCAUCGACACGCGCUGUGUCUCCACCGCCUUCCCAAUGCCCGAGCGCUCUGAAUCCCCGGGGGGAUCGUUCACCUUCGACAAGCCCCAGGACGUGAGCUCCACGCACCCGGAGCGCGAGGCCGAGCUCAGCCACGCCGAGUCGGACCCCGAGGACCCGGGAGAGGUACUGGCCGAGUCCAGCCGAGCCUCUGUGAGGGCCGGCGGGGGUGGGGGAGGAGGGGCGGACCUUGGCAUGGGUCUCGGGCCCUACUGCUCCCCGCUCUCCCGGCUCGAGAGAGCCAACAGCUGCUCCUCAUCCGAGGACUCCCACUCCGCCAGCGCCUACGCUCGCAAGAGCUUCUCCAUCAGCGAGAGGAUGGAGCGGGGCCAUGGUGCCGCCACCUCCUCCUCCUCCACCGCCUCCUCUUCCAGGAACCCCUUCCAAAGGAGCAAGUCGGGGGCUCGACCAGAGGGUAAAACUGACAGCUUGUCUAUGAGAAAGCUGGCCAAGCCAGCUGCCUUCCGGAGCUUCGAUAACAGGCACAACUUCACAUGAUGGUGGUGGGCUCCAAGCAGAUGUGGGCCCAAAGGAGACGCGGGAGGCAGACUGGAUGGAAACGGUCCUCUACCUCAUGUGAUUUCUAAGUUGGCCCCUUCCAUUGCAUGCUUUGGCAAAGAUUAAUUCUCUCUCAGAAUGCAUGGAGUUCUUCCAUGCUGUGGACACAGUGGUAAUGAAACCUACAUCUAUAAGGAAACCUAAACAAACCAAGCAUCAUAAACACUAUUUUAAUGAUUUCUGUUCUGUAUUUGAUUUGGAAGGCACGGUAAGGAAACCAAGAAGACUAAUAUCCCCCCUGACAUCUGUGUGCAUAGAGAUUACACUGAAGCUGUCCCAAUCUGUAUAUAAAUUGUGGAUCACUCCAUAGAAUAGCCCACUUUUAUGGUUUGUUCGUUUGCUACCCAAGUUGUGGAGGGGGUCAUUUAAACUAGCCAAACAACCACAAAAAAGGGAAAUAAUGACAUAACGCUCCUGCUGACCGUGUCAGAGGAGAUUUCUGUUGAUGUCCUGUUGAUUCCUGCUGAAGCCCUCUAAAAUGCAGCUGUGUUACGAUAACAAACCAUGCAUCAGACUCCCACAUCUGUCAUCUGGCAAUGAUGAAUGUAGUUAAAUUGUGGGUUUCCUUUCAAAUGUUCUUAACAGAACAGGUUAAACCACAAAAGGACACUGUCCUAAUACUAUCAAGUUGUUGUCAUAGGUUUUGUCCCUCAUCAUACGGACCAGCCCUGCACUGAGAUCAGAAGCAGAAAGUUGUUGAUUAUGGAAUUGUCAAGGCGCUUGUGUCUCUGCAAUGGUCAUUAUCACCUCAAGAGGGCACCAUUAAGCUUCAAUGAGGCAGGAUUUUAGUUGCAGAUUUUUAAACUUAUACCAUACCAAACUAAGGUCAUAGUAUUACAUUUCACAUACACAAGUAAUUUUUUAAAACCCAAGUUAAGUGCCGAACAUGGAGGGUUCUGGUAGUAGUUUUUAUUACUGUUUUUAGUUCAUGGAUACAGAGGCUCUGCAGUAAUUUGUAUGUAAACUCAACAUAUUGUAACACUUGCUAUGCAAGAUGUCAGAGAUGGAAAUUUGGAUUACAGUAUGCACUUUAGACCAUGUUUUUUUCCUGGUAUGCACAUCUCAAACUUGAAGAAUUUGAAGAAACAUUGAUCAGUAGUCCUAAAGAGAUGAUUCAAUAAAUUCCACAACACUAAGCUCUAUCUGAUGCAUACCAUUUUCUUUCUAAUGUAUAAAUAUGAUUUAACAGGCCUCCCAAAAAUAAAUUUCUGAUAAUAUUUUGAAUAUUAUAUUAUUACUAUAUAAUUGUUUGUGAUAGCCUAUUGUAUAAUACUAAAUAUAGGAAAUAUUUUACAUUUAUAUAAAUAAUUUAUAUUUACUCAGUAUUCAUUUGAGAUUCUUGCUCUAUGUUUAUUCUUAGUGUCCUUUAUCUCCAAAACAUCCUCAUUGAGCCAUUUCUCUCAAUUUAUGUUGAGAAAUGUUGAGAAACUCAUUCUUCUAUCUUUUAUCUAUUUUUAUCUUUUAAUCAGUAUUCUGGAAUCAAGGAAAGGAUGUGUUUAAUAAAUGAAAAGUUCUGGACACGUAAAAUUCUAUCCUAAUUUUAAUCGCAAUUUACGUAUUUCAGUGUUUAUGUGUAUGCAUGUACACUAAUCUGCUGAAAUCAAGAAACCACAUGAACCCAACCAAACAAUAUAUAUUCUGACCUUGUAAAAACUCUGAGCAAUACAAAAUGAUGUGCACUACCAAGCUCUGGGGGUCUCCAUUGAGUUAGUCAGUCUCUUGAUUCUAACCACAUGUAGUACUUGCCAGAUGCUAGACUACUACUAGACUAUGAAUGCAUCAAGAGGAAUACUGAAGGAAGCUGCUAUUAGCCAGUGCAUAUAAUAUCUUUGCUAUCAACUGAAUCAUUUCUUUUGCCUUAUCCACGUGCAAUACUACAGAGAAAAACUAGGGAGAAUUUCACCUUUUCACUUGUUCUCUUACAGUUUGUCACUCAAUCUGAACUCCAGAUAUAAUAAAGACGUCAACCUGUAGUUCUUGACUAAGCCAUCAUUGAGAAUUCAUUGAGAAUUCACCAGCUUGCAGUAAAAGGUUUAAUGCUGGAUGUCCUAGGGGUGGCACAAUGCUAAUGGACACGCUUAAAUGUGGGUAUAUUAGUUUGUGUCCGCAAAAAAAUUGACAGAAUCACAGGGGGGAAAGGCACACAACAAAAAGAAAGGAAAUUUGUAUCUUUCUGCUUAUCCAAUCACUGUGAUCCUCCCCCCCCCCCCCAAGUGGGGGUUUUAAUCACAGAGCUACACAUCACUUAAUCAUUUGUGGGAUGUGGAGUAUAUAGGAUGAGAUGCAUGGUGUGGAAAAGCCUACCUUCUUUUAACUCAUGGGCCAGUACUAAAGACAACUAAUUCACUUUAUUCCAGACAGCUAUGGUUGUCUGAUUUGUUACAUUUCUUUAUGAUGUUUAGUUAAAUCUGAUGAAGGAACACAACACUGAAUGUUUUUUUUUUUUUGGCAUUUUAUUUUGCCUUGUCUCACAGAUUCAAGUUCAUUUGGCUUAUUAGAGUGGAGUGGAUUUCCUUAUAUCCAUUCUUAAUGAGCAUUAUUUUAUAUGACUUGCUUGAGACCUGAACUUAGACUUGCCCAAUGCUGAUGGUCAGAUGUACAUGCCCUGUAAAUGUAGUUGUGAUUGUUGUAAGAGAUACCAAUAUCAAUAAAUAUAUAUAAGAAUUUA